CAGCAAUGCAAGCCGGAUGGAAACAGAGAGGAGAGCUGACUUCGACAUAGGCCACGGCUCGAUCUCCAUCUCCGUCACGGUUGGCUCGCCACGGAAGAAGGGACGGAAGGAGGAGACUUUAAUGAAGAGAACAGCCAAGGCUGGUGAGGAGACCAAGCAGGUGAAGCAGGCGCGGGCCAGCCGUCUUCAAGGUCAAAAGGAAGCAGCCGUGCAGCCCAUGGAAGAAAAGCAGCCCAGUGCUCGGGAAGUUGCAGCUGCAAAGGCUGCAAGGGCGCGACUGUACAGCAAAGCGCAGGGGCAGGAAGCAGAACCUGCGGAACUUAGACUCCCCACAGGACAGGAGCCUGUGCCAACCGUGGACGUCGAUAAUAUACCAACGGAGCUUUUGACGCCUCUCGACAACGUUGAGACAGAUGCAAAGGCAGCAAUGCAGGAUCUGCAAUCUUCGGACUGGGCAGUGGCGUGUAGGGGGCAGAUGCAGCUGAGACGCUUGGCAGUGUUCCAUCCUGAGGAGUGCAGACCUCUCUUGCCACAGGUGAUCCCGCUGGUGCUGAAGAGCGUGAAGAACCUGCGCAGUUCCCUCAGUAAGGCGGCCAUCAUGGCAGUCAGCGAUCUCUGUCAGACCUUCGGCACAGAGCUGCUGCCUCUUCUGGAUAUGGGCGGCGCAGCGCAGCCCCUCAAGAGCCUGCUAUCACAGCUGCUUCUGAAGGCGGGCUCCAAUGACAAACGGUUUGUCAUCGAGGAGGUGACUCGCGCGCUGCAGACGAUGGCUGACUGCAUGGACCCGGCCAAGCUGCUGCUGCGGAUCCUACCCUACGCUGCUCACAAGAACCCUAAGGUGCGCGGCAAGGUGGCGGUGUCACUGGCGGCGUCGGCGGCUAAGAUGACGCCGGAGCAGUGGGCAGGCCACGAUCGCGCCGCGCUGCUUCAGGCGGCUGGCAAGCUCGUGUGCGACAACACACCCGAGGCGCGCGACGCCGCGAAACGACUCAUUGCACUUUUGCGCGACGCGUUUGAAUUUUCCACCGACGCUGCGGCCGCCGGGGCAGGCGCUGCACCGGAGGGCAAUGGCAAGGAGAAUGAGGCCAAGGACAGGAACGCCGCAAGAGGCGCGCCGGCAGCAGAGGCAGCAGAGCUGGUGAAAGGGGGAGAUCCUGCGGAUGAGAAUACUCCCUGGAAUAAGUGGGCGAGGCACUGUCACUCCACUCUGGGCUCCACAGCCGCUGCAGCUGUGCUGAAGGUCACCAGCUGA